CGGGCCUCCUCGGCAUAUUCAGCCUUGGUACAGCUCUACGCGAGAUCAGAUCAGCUGGACACGACGUACGCACGAUUCCGACGCUUCGGAAACGUAUCCCCCAUGUGCAUCAGUGGAUGCGAUGCACUGGAAACCGUCCACCACGUCUUCGUCUCGUGCCCUGUGUAUCGCUCCUUCCGCCAACAUGCCACACAAACACUGAUUACCGAGACAUCCCGUAUCCUGGACUCUGCAGAAGUA